GCGGCGAUGGAUGCCAUAAGGUCGGCUGGAAGAGCUAUCAUUCGAAGUCCAAGUAUAGCGAAACGGUCUUGGAAUUCGGGCAAACAUAAAAGUAAGAUUUGUCUGAAGUGAAAACUUCCUGUAAUAUUUGCUUCACACAUGCAUUGUAGUGAACAAAGCAUUUGACAAAACGUUGUUUUAGUAGUGUGAACACAGCGAAUUAUUAACACAUUUGUAUGUUUGUGGGUCAAAUGUUCAUGAUACGCCGAAUGUAUUGUAGUUUGUCUACUGUAUAACACUUGUUACAUCCAGUGCAACAUUUUCAUCAAUCAUAUCCAUUGCAUGUUUUUCAUUAGUUCACUCACUAGGCUAGUCUACUGUUGUCAUGAUUUGUGGCACAAUUAGGCCUAAUCAAUUAAGUAAAAAACGAACACGUAGCAACCACGUGUUUCCUAUCAAAUUAACCAGGUUGCAAUGUGAAGGGAUUUCGACAAGAAUGUCCUCAGAACUGGCGGUGUAGGCUAUCCAGGUGAUCCACUAUCCUCAAGUAUUCCCAAUUUAUGAGCUCAGAGCCUGAAAUGCACCACCCUUGAUAACCAUAUUCCUCUCAUGCAAUGACCUAAUUGCAAUGUUUUGGGUAACAGUACUCUAUUUAUACUCUAUUACAGUCCAUCAAUUGUGACACCAAUGUUUGAAUCAAGUCUAGCCUUCUCUCGGUAGUUUAAAUGUCCGUGUAGCAUUUUAAGCUCCUUUCCAUUGGAAUAGUUUCUCACCCAGUUUGGAACCGGAACACGACACCUGUGGCUGUUUUGAACGCUAAUGUAACAACUACACGGCACCGUAUGGCAUAAAAAGGUCAGUUGGCCACCCUAUUCGCUACAUAGUACACUAUUUUUGAUCAGAGCCCUAUGGGACCUGGUCAAAAGUAGUGCACUAUAUAGAGAAUGGGAUGCAUAUUGUAUCCUACAUCUCACUUGAUCCUGGGCGAGGGGGUGAUUCGGUGGCGGCCGAGGAAACUAUAACUACUUAUCACUAUAACCAUGGUAACAGCUACUACAGAAGUGCUCCAGGUCAGUAAAUCCACACACAGAUGAUACAUUUGAUUGACCAGAUACUCAAGUGACCGCUCUAACAACGAACAGAAACGUCUUUAAAAAAAAUGGAAAGCGGAGAUCAGGUGGGACCAUUCUAGCCAAUGAGAGGGCAGAUACGCAUGUGAUCAACAGGCACAACUCUGAUAUAAAGUGCUUUUUUUUUCUCUCAGUUAUUAUAAUCAGUACACUCGUAACAACCUAAGCAUUACGAAACUUCUAUUCGAUCAAAUAAGCCGCACAUAGCAAAUAAACCUUUUUAAAUGUUUCGUUAACCACAUUCGACACUCAUUAACCUCCAUACAAAAACUCCUCGCUUGGUGAGCUUAAAAAAAAAAAUACAGAAACGCCACCACCUGCCGGAGAAGACAGAUUUUGGGCCCAGUUAUCCCUCUUUUAACUCUUCCCCUCUGGUCCACAGCAUGGCUGGGUUCAGAUUCAAGUUUGGGAACUGCUGGUGCUUCUUCCAUUGUUAACACACACACACACAUUUAUAGGCACACUUACUGAUGUUGGUUUUAUAUAAACAACUCAUGAAAUCAUGAUCAAGUUAACACAAACUGUGAUGUAGAGGUAGGUAAUGUUGAUUUAACUGUGAUGUAGAGCUACAGGUGACGAGUGACCUGUUUUCCAGUGUCUAAUCUACAGUAGGCUUUCUGAAUCUGUUCUCCAGGUUGGGGCAAACGUCCUCAUCACUACUGAUCCAUAUCGUUCAGCCUGCAGGACUGGCCAUGGUCCGGCAUGUAGACUGGGGACAAUAUCUUCCUUUGGAUAGAAGUUGCCCUCAGGCACAGAUGUAUAAUCCAUUUACAGUCUCCAAAAAUCCUAAACUCAACCAGGGGAGAAAAUGCCAAAGUGACCUUUUUUAGAUUAAACUUCUGUUUUUCAUUUUUCUCUGUAACGCCCAGGGGCAAUGUAUACAACACCUCACCCUCCUUUUCCUCUUGUCCCGUGUCAAACAGAUUGUUUUUGGGUUAGAGAGGGUUUUUAGAAAUUGGUUGAGGUAAAGCCACCUUGGCAGAAUUUUCCACAUCCUCUGGUGCAUGGACCAUUUGAGCAAUAUUGCUCACUUUUUGAGUCCACAUCACUUCCAUAUUACCGACAGUAUCGUUUGUCCUCUUUCCCAUAACCUCUUAUUUUACGUACAGCUUAUUCCAAUAGUACAUACCGUAGAAUUACGAACUAUAAUACUAGAGUCAUUUAUCAUAUUUAUCAAUUCAAUCAUAUUUGUUCAGUCACUCCUAUGGUAUAUAUACCUACUUCUGUGAAAUCCAUUUAGUUCUAACCCCCAUUCUUAUAGUACGUGUUGACUUCUAGGUGUAGGAUGUAGUUGACAGAGUUCUGAGAAUUCGCUAUUAUUGUUUGUUCAGUCAUUCAUAUCCACCUUGAAAUCCCUGGAUUCUGAUUGGCUGUUGUGUGUUGAUAGAGGGGCUGUGAUGUUUCCUGUUGCUGUGGUAACAUUUCUGUUAUCUUUGGUCUGCGUUGGGACAGAGUGGUCGACCUCCCUGCGUUAUCGCGUGUGUCACUAUAGUCUAACCUAUAGUUCCAACUUACAUUCAGAAACCUCACAUGAACUUGAACCCUCUGGUCUUCUAAGAAGCAGUGUUUUCAUUGGGCAUAACCCUCAGGUCUUCUAAGAAGCAGUGUUUUCAUUGGACAUAGCCCUCAGGUCUUCUAAGAAGCAGUGUUUUCAUUGGAAGUUAGCCCUGCCAGAAGUUAGACCCUUGUCCAAUGUCCCUAGAUAACAUAGACUUUAUGUAGCUCAGUUGGUAGAGCAUGGCGCUUGCAACGCCAGGGUUGUGGGUUCGUUUCCCACGGGGGGCCAGUAUGGAAAUGUAUGCACUCACUUAACUGUAAGUCGCUCUGGAUAAGAGCGUCUGCUAAAUGACAAAUGUAAAAUGUAGACCUAAAGUGAUCCACUGGGUCUAUAUGGCAGAAACUCAUAUCCUAGCCUUCUCCGUUUCUCCCUCUACUGUUCCCCCUAAUUUCUCUCUCUCCCUCUUCCAUUCAUCAUUGUAUCCCUCAUACUUGAAGACUCCCUCACUGACCCCUGAACCUGAAGCCCUCCAUCUUGUUAUCUGGUCAUCAGGCAGUCAGUCAGGGUCCCAUGCUGCUGCCUGCUCUUGCUGGGACCUCCUCUCAAACUGCACGUUACUACACACACACGCCAUACAGUGAUGUCUGAGUGAAUGAUGUUACGGUCAUUAGUCCGAAUCACGGUUAACAAACCAGAAAACAGCGGGGACUGUUUCUAGUUUUAAAUAUAACCGUUCUGGGGAUGGUGUGAAUGUGUUAGCGCUCGUCCCGCGUGUGAGAGAGAACGUCAUUGUGCGCGUGUCUGCAUCAAAUCAAAUUGUAUUUGUCAAAUACACGUGUUUAGCAGAUGUUAUAGCAGGUGUAGUGAAAUGCUUGGGCUUCUAGCUCCGACAGGGCAGUAAUAUCUAACAAUUUCACAACCUAUACCCAAUACACACAAAACUGGUAAGGAAUGGGAUUUAAGAAUAUAUACAUAUAUGGACAAGCAGUGACAGAGCGGCAUGGACUAAGAUACAGUAGAAUAUUAUAGAAUACAGUAUAUACAUAUGAGAUGAGUAGUGCAAGAUAUGUAAACAUUAUUAAAGUGACAAACUCCCGAAUGGCGCAAGUGGUCUAAGGCACUAGCUGUGCCACUAGAGAUCCUGGUUCGAAUCCAGGCUCUGUCGUAGCCGGCCGCGACCGGGAGACCCAUGGGGCGGCGCACAAUUGGCCCAGUGUCAUCCAGGGUAGGGGAGGGAAUGGCCGGCAGGGAUGUAGCUCAGUUGGUAGAGCAUGGCGUUUGCAACGCCAGGGUUGUGGGUCCAGAUUCCAGUAGUGAAAAAAAUAAAUUAAAAAAUGUAUGCACUCACUAACUGUAAGUCGCUCUGGAUAAGAGCGUCUGCUAAAUGACUAAAAUGUAAAUGUGGUGUUCCAUUUCUUAAAGUGGCCAGUGAUUUCAAUAGGCAGCAGCAGCCUCUAAUGCUAGUGAUAGCUAUUUAACGGUCUGAUGGCCUUGAGAUAGAAGCUGUUUUUCAUUCUCUCGGUCCCAGCUUUGAUGCACCUGUACUGACCUCGCCUUCUGGAUGAUAGCGGGGUGAACAGGCAGUGGCUCGGGUGGUUGAUGUCCUUGAUGAUGUUUUUGGCCUUCCUGUGACAUCGGGUGCUGUAGGUGUCCAGGACCCAGUUGCACAGGGCGGGGUUCAGACCCAGGGCCCCGAGCUUAAUCAUGAGCUUGCAGUGUACUAUGGUGUUGAAUGCUGAGCUAUAGUCAAUGAACAGCAUUCUUACAUAGGUAUUCCUCUUGUCCAGAUGGGAUAGGGCAGUGUGAUGGCGAUCGCAUCGUCUGUGGAUCUAUUUGUGUGGUAAGCAAAUUGAAGUGGGUCUAGGGUGACGGGUAAGGUAGAGGUGAUAUGAUCCUUGACUAGUCUCUCGAAGCACUUCAUGAUGACAGAGGUGAGUGCUACAGGGCGAUAGUCAUUUAGUUCAGUAACCUUUGCUUUCUUGGUUACAGGAACAAUGGUGGCCAUCUUGAAGCAUGUGGGGUCAGCAGACUGGGAAAGGGAGAGAUUGAAUAUGUCCGUAAACACACCAGCCAGCUGGUCUGCGCAUGCUCUGAGGAUGCGGCUAGGGAUGCCGUCUGGGCCGGCAGCCUUGCGGGGGUUAACAUGCUUAAAUGUCUUAAUCACGUCGGCCACUGAGAAGGAGAGCCCACAGUCCUUGGUAGUGGGCCUCGUCAGUGGCACUGUGUUAUCCUCAAAGCGGGUGAAGAAGGUGUUUAGCUUGUCUGGAAGCGAGACGUGUGAGAGAGAGAGAGAGAGAACGUCAGUGUGUGUGUGAGAGAGAACGUCUGUGUGCGCGUGUCUGCAUCUGUGUGUGAAUAGCAGUGUGCACUAGAUCUCCAGUGUGCACUAGAUCUCCACUAGAUCUCCAGUGUGCACUAGAUCUCCAAGGAAAUCUCUGCUAACAGAGUUCUGGAAGGCUACAGAAAUGCAGAACAGAUAAGGAAUGAGGGAAUGGCCUUUAAUAGUUAAAAUUACUCACUGUCCCCCUGUUUGGCUUUCUGUCUUUCUCCUUCAAAACAACGUGAAAGUAGGAGGAAGUUACCUACGGUGAAGGUUAGGUUUAAUUGGCUACCCAUCCACAUCGCUCCCCCCCCCCCCCCCCCCCCCAUAACGUUUCUUCUCCAUGAUGAAUGUAGCUAGCGAUAGAUAGCAGUAGGCUAGAAGUCGUCAGGCAAAGGUUUCAUAGAGGGUAGCUGGUCCUGGAUCUGUCACUAUAUGGAUAACUUACACCAGGCUAAAAAGAAUGAAAACAUUGCUGGGACUAUGGAACGGACAUCUCUUAUCAUUGCUUGUUAAAGUUAGUGUACCAGACUAUUCAUUUUCCACUCUCCUUUCUCUCUCUCUCUCAAUAUUUCUUCCCCUUUCUCCCUCUCCUUAAUAUUUUGCCCUCUUUUACAGGUCAGCUAUAGGUUAGUUCUGAAUGAAAAUAUUUACUUUUGCGUUCAGUUCUUCCACCCUGACCGAUAGUGUUUUUGAAACAGUUUCACCUUUUUCAAGUAAUUUUUUUACCUUUUACAGGACUUUGUUUUGAAUAUCUUUAGCGCCACAAAUUCACACGACAGACCAACACUGACGCAAUACCAAACACUAUCUCAGAGACAAACGGAUAGAUGUAGCCACCUGUAUCGACCUUAUACAUAAUAUUGACCCUGUUCUCAAACAUGAUUUGAAAAUAACAUCUGAACGUUGACCCACCUAGCUGCUUGGACCUGGACGGAUACAUGUGAGAACAACCUGGAGGUCAUGACCUACUACUGAUCUUGACCCCAUAGAGGAUGUAUCUCUAUGGUUCAAUCAAAGUUAUUCUAGUUUUGAUUUAAUAUUAGUUUUUAUUUCUAUUAGUUUUUAGAUUUUUAUUUGAAAUUCAGUUUAGUUUCAGUCAGUUUUCUGACUUGAUUUACUGGUUAUUUUGUUUCAGGUUGAUACACACUUUAUGUUUUGGUUUUAAUAUUAUUUAGUGUUUGGGGCAGAAAGUAGCCGUGGGGGGCUAGGAGCCAUUUAUGUGUUUUUUGGGGAUGUCACUUCUUGCCACUAGGGGGCAGUAAUGCAUAAGGAGAAGGGGCCAUAGACUUGGCUAGACAACAUCUCUGUAUCUGUGUCAUGAUGGUGGCUGUGGGAGCAUGGGCUGCACCAUUGAGGCAAUCUCCAUCUUGAAAUAGUAAAUUUUCAUCGGCUGAUCCUUCCUUAUGACACGGCUGUCAUGACUCCAACCGGGUCAUCAGGUCAUGCCAACCGGGUCAUCAGGAGGGAUCAGCCAAUGAAGUUGGACGUCCUGCCCAGUUGACUAAAUAAAAAUGGCGAAAGCCCGCAAUGGCGCUGCCCAUGCUAACUCUGGCUUUUGGGCACGUUUCUGUUCAACCAAACAAGAUGUUCUGGUUCAUCUUCAAGAAGAUUCUGCGUUCCAGAGAGGUGGUCGUUCGGUUUCUCAAGCCUGGUGACAGUUGUCCUACAGACAGAAUAUUCUCUCCACGAACGCUUAGGAUGCAGGGGAAGAAACCAGUGCCACAGGGCACAGCUUUGGAUAAACAGCAAUCCUUGCCUGCCAGGACUGGAGAGGUGACUUUGUAAACAUGCCCACCUUUACCUCUUCCAGGUAUUUCCGCAGCUCACACAGGGCACUUAAUGCCCUGCCAGGUUGACCCUCCGGCUGGACAGUGACCUCAGACACAAUCUUCGAUACAAGUUUAGCUAUAUUUCUGAAGCACUGGUCGAGAUGCUUGCUUGAUUCAAAGUGCUGGCAUCUUGCUUGGGUCCUGCUGCUCCACGGCUGUAUUCUCUGAUUUGCUGAAGUACAAAAGACUGCUUCCCUCAUCAGUGUUGAGCGAAGUGCCUCGCUCUGCAAGCUGCUGCAGAGCGAGGAUUUGAAGUUGUCUGUCAGAGGAGUCAGUAUGCAUGCGGAGCGCUCACGCAGUGACUUCAGGAGGACCUGUGCCGACUGUUUUGCAACAGUAGUUGACUGCACGUGUGACUCGAGGUUGAGAAGGCACGGCACCACAUCAAACAACGACUGGCUGUCAGUUUGAAGUUGGUGUUGAUUUACGAACUGCUCCGGCAAACUUCACAAGCUGCUCAAGCUUGUCACGCUCCAUGCUCGCCCUCGGAUUUCUUCGGUGUUGUCUAGUGAUGGAUAGUGAUGGCUAGUGAAAAUGAUGCACAAGCUAGGCCUAUUUGUAACAUCGCCAUCUACUGGCAGCAUUUUCCCGCCAGAUUCAGAAGCUCUUAAACCCCAUUUAGAUUUUUGGGCAAAGUUUAAAAGAUAAUAUUACCAUCAAAUUCAGUUUACUAUAAUAACCUUGCUAUGGUUGACCCCCCCCCCCCCCCCCCCCAUUCCUUACAAUCUUAUAACCUCUAGAACUUCCUGAGAACUGGACAGACACGAGGGAGACUGUUGUAGAUGGCAUGACCUUUAACAUCCGCCACCUAGGCAUGACCCUGGUGGACCAGCCCAAAGGAGAGGACCUAUCAGCAGCCGCUGUCAAGAGGAUCGUUGCCACGGUGAGCUGUGAUGUCAUACAAGUAGGAGGGAUUGGAAGUUCAAAGCACCGGAAGUUUCCGAAGCACUUGAUUUUAGAUGAUAUUUUUGGAGUUGCUCUUGAUCAAAUCAAUCAAAUCAAAUCAAAUCAAAUCAAAUCAAAUCAAAUUUUAUUGGUCACAUGCGCCGAAUACAACAGGUGCAGACAUUACAGUGAAAUGCUUACUUACAGCCCUUAACCAACAGUGCAUUUAUUUUAAACAAAAAAGUAAGAAAUAAAACAACAACAAAAAAGUGUUGAGAAAAAAAGAGCAGAAGUAAAAAAUAAAGUGACAGUAGGGAGGCUAUAUAUACAAUAGAAUAAAGUGACAGUAGGGAGGCUAUAUAUACAGGGGGGUACCGUUGCAUAGUCAAUGUGCGGGGGCACCGGCCAGUUGAGGCAGUUGAGGCAAUAUGUACAUGUGGGUAGAGUUAAAGUGACUAUGCAUAAAUACUUAACAGAGUAGCAGCAGCGUAAAAAGGAUGGGGUGGGGGGGCAGUGCAAAUAGUCCGGGUAGCCAUGAUUAGCUGUUCAGGAGUCUUCAGGAGAGCUUCUGCUCUCAAGAACAGCAUUUUCCUUAAGUGCUUCAAGAUGACUGAAUAACAUGGCCUGCCCCUUAGAAACUAUGAUCAAUUAGCUGACUCUUAUUGGUAUUAUUAUAGUGUUGAUCAUCUUAGAUCUAUCUAUCAUCAGUAAUCAUCUUACUUUUAUUGUGAUAUAAUUUUAAGAUCUUCGUCUAAUUAUUGUUGUUAUAUUAUCUCAUAUCGAUCCAGGCCAAAGCCAUUAGGAAGAAUUGAUUUGUAAUGAAUCUAUGUUCUCUGUCAUCAACUGUAUCCCCUCCAGGCCAAAGCGGGAGGUAAGAAGCCUCAGAAGGUGUCUCUGAAGGUUUCUCCUCAGGGUAUUAUGCUUUACGACAGUCUGACCAACCAGCUACUAGACAACGUCUCCAUAUACAGGUAGGGGUGUGUGUGUGCUGUGCAUCGUACCACAGUGGUUGCAAAUUGUAUUUGUGUUGUGUGACCUCUAACUUGACAAAAAUACACAAAUAUUUACUCUGUGGAUACAAACACAUCUGGCCUACUUCUCAGACUUUUGUUUCUCAAUGAAGGGAAACCCCAACGGGGGAGGGAGAGGUGGGAGAGGUGGGAGAGGUGGGAGAGGUGGGAGAGGGGGGGAGAGGGGGGAGAGGUGGGAGAGCGGGAAUGUCUUUGAAAAUACAGCUCCCUACAGGAGACCUCAUCUGCACAGAGCUGGGUGGCCACACACACACACACACACUCUCUCUCUCUCUCUCUGCCAGAACGUUUCUUCCCACACAAGCUUUUAUGGCAUCCUGGUUUGUCUCAGAGGACACUUGCCAUUUGAACCAUAACUGUGACCGCUGACUUUAUUUUGCCCUCUGACCUUUUAACCUUUGCCCUGUGUCCUGCAGGAUAUCCUACUGCACGGCGGACAAGCUGCAUGACAAGGUGUUUGCCUACAUCUCCCAGAACACCCUCAACGGAACACUGGAGUGCCACGCCUACCUCUGCUCCAAGAAGAAAGUGGUGAGUCUGAACUGGCACACAACAACCCCCUAUCUGAAAGUACUGGACGGGGUGUAAGCAAUAUUCUUAUGGCUCUACUUGGACCUCCUGUAGGCUAAUUUCAGUUUUUAGUUAUCUACACUGAACAAAAACAUAAACGCAACAUGUGAAGUCUUGGUCCCAUGUUUCAUGAGCUGAAAGAAAAUAUCCCAGAAAUGUUCCAUACGCACAAAAAGCUUAUUUCUCUCAUUUUGUGCACAACUUUGUUUACAUCCCUGUUAGUGAGCAUUUCUCCUUUGCCAUGAUAAUCCAUCCACCCGACAGGUGUGGCAUAUCAAGAAGCUGAUUUAAACAGCAUGAUCAUUACACAGGUGCACCUUGUGCUGGGGACAAUAAAAGUGUCACACAACACAAUGCCACAGAUGUCUAGUUUUGAGGGAGCGUGCAAUUAGCAUGCUGACUGCAGGGAUGUCCACCAGAGCUGUUGCCAGAGAAUUGAAUGUUUAUUUCUCUACCAUAAGCCGCCUCAACGUCAUAAAAAAAAAUAAUGGCAGUACGUCCAACCGGCCUCACAAACGCAGACCACGUGUAUGGCAUCGUGUGGGCGAGCGGUUUGCUGAUGUUAACGUUGUGAACCGAGUGCCCCAUGGUGGCGGUGGGGUUAUGGUAUGGCUAGGCAUAAGCUACGGACAACAAACACAAUUGCAUUUUAUUGAUGGAAAUUUGAAUGCACAGAGAUACCAUGACGAAGAUCCUGAGGCCCAUUUUUUUUUUAAGGUAUCUGUGACCAACCGAUGCAUAUCUGUAUUCCCAGUCAUGUGAAAUCCAUAAAUUGGGUCCUAAUUUAUUUAUUUCAAUUGACUGAUUUUCCUUAUAUGAACUAACAGUAAAAUCUUUGAAGUUGUUGAAUGUUGUGUUUUUUUAAAUAUAUUUUUGUUCAGUAUAGCUAUCUUUCAGAUCUGAACACUAAAGGGUAGGGGGAUUGGCACAGAAAUGAAUCCUAUGAAAACUACUGGGUGUGCAGAGUUUUGUUCCAGUCCUGCUCUAACACAGCUGACUCUACUAAUCAGCUGCUCAACAGGAAUCUGGUGUAUUAAAGCAGGGCUGGAACAAAAGCCUGCCUUAAAAUAUGUUUGCUUCCAAUAUAACCCCUACAUCUGACUGUGGCCUUCUCUCGUUCUCCCGGGGGAAACAUAAGGAGGUCUGACUGUGGCCUUCUCGUUCUCCCGGGGGAAACGUUAGGAGGUCUGACUGUGGCCUUCUCUCGUUCCCCCGGGGGAAACAUUAGGAGGUCUGACUGUGGCCUUCUCGUUCCCCCGGGGGAAACAUUAGGAGGUCUGACUGUGGCCUUCUCUCGUUCCCCCGGGGGAAACAUUAGGAGGUCUGACUGUGGCCUUCUCCCGGGGGAAACAUUAGGAGGUCUGACUGUGGCCUUCUCUCGUUCCCCCGGGGGAAACAUUAGGAGGUCUGACUGUGGCCUUCUCGUUCCCCCGGGGGAAACAUUAGAAGGUCUGACUGUGGCCUUCUCUCGUUCUCCCGGGGGAAACAUUAGGAGGUCUGACUGUGGCCUUCUCGUUCCCCCGGGGGAAACAUUAGGAGGUCUGACUGUGGCCUUCUCUCGUUCUCCCGGGGGAAACAUUAGGAGGUCUGACUGUGGCCUUCUCGUUCCCCCGGGGGAAACAUUAGGAGGUCUGACUGUGGCCUUCUCGUUCCCCCGGGGGAAACAUUAGGAGGUCUGACUGUGGCCUUCUCUCGUUCUCCCGGGGGAAACAUUAGGAGGUCUGACUGUGGCCUUCUCGUUCCCCCGGGGGAAACAUUAGGAGGUCUGACUGUGGCCUUCUCGUUCCCCCGGGGGAAACAUUAGGAGGUUGCACUCCUCGUCCCCUUUUUGACUUCCUGUGUUGCUGGGAAUCUGGAGGACACUUCCCUCCCUCAAGUCACCACGCCGUCUCUCGUAUAACCCAAUACUCUUUCGCAAGUCUCUCUCUCUCUCUCUCUCUCUCUCUCUCUCACUCACUCACUCACUCACUCACUCACUCACUCACUCACUCACUCACUCACUCACUCACUCACUCACUCACUCACUCACUCACUCACUCACUCACUCACUCACUCACUCACUCACUCACUCACUCACUCACUCACUCUCACACACACACAGAGAGAGAGAUUGGAUACUAAUGACCUUUGACACAACGCUCUCCCAGCUGUGUGAAUGUAUCCACAGUGGUGCUUUUCUACUGACUGAGAGAAAAUAAUUUGUUAGUCAAUCAAGGUUGACAAGGUCAUUGAAAAUAAACAAUGUGUCAAUGCAUGGUCUUUAAACCUUUAUCUCUCAUUGGCCCCAAGGGUAGCUCCAAUUACAGUGGCUUUGACUCUUAAAGGAGUAGUCCACUCAAACUAUCUUUUUGGUGUUUUUUUUGGUCAUUUGUCCACUGUUGAAAAAGUCCCAAAAUGUUUCACACAUCUCUCUGAGCAAAUAUUUUUUGGGUGUGUUUUUAUUCAGAUUAAUAAAUUGGGUGGUUCGAGCCCUGAAUGCUGAUUUGGCUGACAGCCGUGGUAUAUCAGACCAUUUUAUUCAGUUGUAUAACUUGAUUGCUCUGCUCAGUUUUGAAUAUUUGUUUGUUUGAGUCAUUUAUAUAAUGUGCCCUGUAGCCUCUGUGGUUUAGAGCGCUCGUACUCUAGAGCAGGGUUUCUCAAACUUGGUACCGGGGCCCCUCCUGGGUGCACGUUUUGGUUUUUGUCCUAGCACUACACAGCGGAUUCAAAUAAUCAAAGCUUGAUGAUUUAAUUGGUUAUUUGAAUCAGCUGUGUAGUGCUAGGGCAAAAACCAAAACGUGCACCCAGGAGGGGCCCCAGGACAGAGUUUGGGGAAAUUCUGCUCUAGAGUAGUGAUAUUCAAACUUUUUCAGCAGGGACCCCAUUAUUAUUUUUUUUUUACCCGCAUUUCUAAGGACCCCAUGUAUUUCUUUUUUGGCCAGGAAUUCUGCCCGACACCCACAACCAAUCUAAUGACACAACCUUCAAAUCUGUAAAUUUAGGUUUUCACAUCAACAAAUAACCUUCAAAUCAUUACAAUUUCAUCUCUCCUAUCAAAAUUAAAUGAACCAAUACAUACAUUUACUCAAUACAAUUAUAUCCCCCCCCCCCCCUCCCCCUUUGAUUUCUAAUGAAAAAUUAAUGUUGUGUCAUUGGGGCUUCUAGCAUCAUUAUAACAGCCAGUGUAUUGUCUUUUUUUCUCCCUAGGCCCAGGCAGUGACUCUGACGGUAGCACAGGCCUUUAGAGUGGCCUUUGAGUUCUGGCAGGUUGCCAAAGAAAGUGUUCACCCCAGCUAUUGUCCAGAAGGUGAGGACUGUACAGGUGGAUCAAAGCUGAGACUGAUAAACAGCUUCUAUCUCAAGGCCGUCGGACUGUUAAAUAGUCACCACUAUCCAGCCCUCCACCUAGUACCUCGCCCUGAACUUUAGUCACUGUCAUUAGCUGGCUACCACCCGGUUACUUUACAAUGCAUAUUAGAGGCUGCUGCCCUAUGUACAUAGACAUGGAACACUGGUCACUUUUAAUAAUGUUUACAUACUGGUUUUACCCAUUUCAUAUGUAUAUACUGUAUUCUAGUCAAGUCCAUUCUAUUUAACUAUUGCUGUACAUAUACUAUUCUAUACUACGUAUUCUUCAGAUAUACAUACAUAUUCUAUCCAUGUACAGUACCAGUUAAAAGUUUGGACACAGCUACUCAUUCCAGGGUUUUUCUUUCUUUUUUUCUACAUUGUAGAAUAAUAGUGAAGACAUCAAAACUAUGGGAAUCAUGUUGUAACCAAAAAAAAGUGUUUAGUGUUAAACAAAUCAAAAUAUAUUUGAGAGAAUGCCAGGAGUGUGCAAAGGGUGGCUACUUUGAAGAAUCUCAAUUAUUAAAUAUAUUUUGGUUUAACACUUCUUUGGUUACUACAUGAUUCCAUAUGUGUUAUUUCAUAGUUUUGAUGUCUUCACUAUUAUUCUACAAUGUAGAAAAUAGUAAAAUAAAAAACCUUGAAUGAGUAGGUGUUCUAAAACCUUUGACUGGUACUGUAUUACUGUACAUAUGGACUCUGACAUUGCUCGUCCUAAUACCUUAUAGGUUAUUGUGUACUGUUCGAUACUACUGCACUGUUGAAGCUAGGAACACAAGCGUUUCGCUACACCCGCAAUAACAUCUGCUAAAUAUGUGUUUGCGAUUUGAUUAAAUGUUGCUAUACAAACCCCAUUACACACAACCCUGGAGAGACACACACACACACAACCAUGGUGAGACACACACAGUCCUGGAGACGGACGGACAGGGACACACACACACACACACACACAACCCUGGAGACAGACACACACACGCCAAACACGCGUCACAGUUUAGCAUUUCUAUAUGACAUUUUAUUUGUCACAUGCCGCGAAUACAACAGGUGUAGACUUUACCGUGAAAUGCUUACUUACAAGCCCAUUUCCCCGAAAUGCAGAGUUAAAAUGUAAAACAUUUACAAAAGGGGGGAAAAAAAGAAAAUAGUUAGUCCAGCGAGUGUGUGUGUGUGUGGGUGGAGUCCAGCGAGUGUGUGUGUGUGGGUGGAGUCCAGCGAGUGUGUGUGUGUGGGUGGAGUCCAGCGAGUGUGUGUGUGGGUGGGUGGAGUCCAGCGAGUGUGUGUGUGGGUGGGUGGAGUCCAGCGAGUGUGUGUGUGUGGGUGGGUGGAGUCCAGCGAGUGUGUGUGUGUGUGGGUGGGUGGAGUCCAGCGAGUGUGUGUGUGUGUGUGUGUGGGUGGAGUCCAGCGAGUGUGUGUGUGUGUGGGUGGAGUCCAGCGAGUGUGUGUGUGUGUGGGUGGAGUCCAGCGAGUGUGUGUGUGUGUGUGUGUGGGUGGAGUCCAGCGAGUGUGUGUGUGGGUGGAGUCCAGCGAGUGUGUGUGUGUGUGUGUGUGUGUGGGUGGAGUCCAGCGAGUGUGUGUGUGUGUGUGUGGGUGGAGUCCAGCGAGUGUGUGUGUGUGUGUGUGGGUGGAGUCCAGCGAGUGUGUGUGUGUGUGUGUGUGUGUGGGUGGAGUCCAGCGAGUGUGUGUGUGUGUGGGUGGAGUCCAGCGAGUGUGUGUGUGGGUGUAUACAGCCGGUGCAAGAGUCAGUGCAUUUUUAUUUUUAAAGCCGGUCAAUGCAAAUAGUCUGAGUAGCCAUUUGAAUAACUGUUCAGCAGUCUUAUGGCUUGGGGGUAGAAGCUGUUCAGUAGCUGUGUGUGUGUUGACGGUAAUAUUUUGUGUGUCUUGUAGAGAAGAGGGUGAAGUCCGGCUCGGCUGGAGAAGCAACCAGCAGCCUGGCUAGUCUGAAAGGACGAGGUAAGGGGGACACAUGCAGAGUGUCACUGGGGCUGCGUUUACACAGCCAGCCCAAUUCUGAUCUCUUUUUUUUUAACCAAUCCGAUCAGCUCUGAAAAAUAUCAGAAUUGGGCUGCCUGUGCAAACGCAGCCUCAGACACACACGCACUCAGCCUUUUAUCCAAUGCACAUAUUCAGAAGACACAAAAUACCUUCUUUAUUUCUAGUAUAAUGUGCAUCAGAUUUAUGUUAAGAUGAAUGCACUAAUUGUAAGUCUCUCUGGAUAAGAGCGUCUGCUAAAUGACUACAGUGUAAAUCAGAGUAACACUUACUGAAUGUUAUUUAGCAAUGAACGCUAUGAAAUGUCUUUCUGAUUAUCUUCUCUCUUCCUCCUACAUUUGACAUUUUAGUCAUUUAGCAGACGCUCUUAUCCAGAGUGAGUGCAUACAUUUUAUUUUAUUUUUCAUAAUGGCCCCUCCUACUGUGGCCUUGGUUGGAUCCAUGGGAUUCAGGCCCGAGUCUUUGUGUGAGCUGUUGGAAUCAAACUGUAAAUACUCCAACAUUUACUGAUUGGCUGAUUGUCUCCAUAGAUGUUGCCACGGGUAACCUGCUAGACCUGGAGGAACGGACUCAUGUUGCUUUGGUUCUGGAAACCAAUGGCAACGAGGAGUUCCAGGUGGACAACCGCACCGCUCCCGAGAACGUUGAAAACAACAACACUGUCUGGGUACGUCUCAAUCCUCCAUCAACCAUUUCUCUCUGCACUUAGAAUUAAUGAGAGCCAAUAUUUGGGCUACAAAAACUCAAUCUCUCUCUUGCAGGAAAUUGAGGAAGACUUGGACGUGGCUUUUUCUAGGUAAGACAAUCGUCCUAAAUGUAUCUGUUGUCAAUAAGCUAGUCUCUUCUUGCUGCUGACUGACCACAGAAAUCAGCUCAUUGAUUUGCUCAGAUAAGAUUUCCCUGAGAGUGAUUGCAGCUUUUGGAGAAUGUGAUAGACUACAGCUCCGUCCAGAAUGAGCCUGACUUACAGGUUAGAAUAGACUACAGCUCCGUCCAGAAUGAGCCAGACUUACAGGUUAGAAUAGACUACAGCUCCGUCCAGAAUGAGCCAGACUUACAGGUUAGAAUAGACUACAGCUCCGUCCAGAAUGAGCCUCAGACUUACAGGUUAGAAUAGACUACAGCUCCGUCCAGAAUGAGCCUGACUUACAGGUUAGAAUAGACUACAGCUCCGUCCAGAAUGAGCCUCAGACUUACAGGUUAGAAUAGACUACAGCUCCGUCCAGAAUGAGCCUGACUUACAGGUUAGAAUAGACUACAGCUCCGUCCAGAAUGAGCCUGACUUACAGGUUAGAAUAGACUACAGCUCCGUCCAGAAUGAGCCUGACUUACAGGUUAGAAUAGACUACAGCUCUGUCCAGAAUGAGCCUGACUUACAGGUUAGAAUAGACUACAGCUCCGUCCAGAAUGAGCCUGACUUACAGGUUAGAAUAGACUACAGCUCCGUCCAGAAUGAGCCUGACUUACAGGUUAGAAUAGAAAGAGAGGUAGAGAUCAUCGAGAGAGCAUGGUUGAUUCGAGAAUGCCUCAAAUGUAAAUUCUUGAAUUUGAAUUGAAGCAGAAAACAGGAUCUAGAAUUGCAAUUAGAAUUAAAGGAAAUAUGAUUAAAUUAUAAAUGCCUCUUAUGAUCUAUAUUAGGUGUAGUCUGUACAAAUAUAUAUAUUUUACGUAAAACAUCAAACAUGUCGUUAUAUAAAAUAUUGUUGAAACAAUAGAUUUUUAGGACAAACUCUUAAAAUGAAUCAAGGAAAACAAAACCUGUAUGCAAAUGUUCUUAAAUAUUACAUUUUAAUUAAUCGGUUACAUUUAUGUUCAAUAAAGAAGCCAAACAAAUGAAAUGGUUUGGUGGAAAUGUGUAAUUGGCUAUUGUAAGCACUAAGGUUUCAAGAGUAUAUGAACAUUGUUUCCAGAGAGAAGUGAUAUUAUUUGAAAGUACUUGGCCUUUACGCUGUGACUACAUCCCCCCCCCCACCUCUCACCCAUUCCGUAUGAAAAAUGUAUGCACUCACUAACUGUAAGUCGCUCUGGAUAAGAGCGUCUGCUAAAUGACUAAAAUGUAAAUGUCACACUGUCCCCCCGUCCCCCCCCCCUCCUCCCUCCAGACUGGCGGUGUCCCGUACUAACCCCCAGGUCCUGGACAUUGGGGUGACCCCCCAGGAUUGGCUGACAGAACCUGACUGGGCCAAUGGAAACACGUGCAACCAGAACACAUCGAACAAGAACGCCACCAAAGGAGAUGACUUCUUUGUCUUCUGA